UUUUAGCAUGUUCAGUUGGAUUUUUGCUUCUCCUGCCAUUCUUUGCCUUUCUGACCAAUCUCUCAAAUCGGAUCAAUUUGGGGAGCAAAUUUGGACCUCACUUGUGGGGAAUAACAGCCGAUCCUGUGCUUCACCUAUCGGUUAACUCAGCUGUCCUCGACUGCCACACGCCCCCAGACUUCUUUCUUCCCGGCGCCCCUGAAAACAUAAACUAUGGAUAGAACGGAUCUUAUUCAGAAGGCCAAGCUGGCGGAGCAGGCUGAGCGCUACGACGACAUGGCAGAAUGUAUGAAGGAGGUCACGGAGAAAGGAGGCGAGCUGUCAAACGAGGAGAGGAACCUGCUCUCCGUCGCCUACAAAAACGUGGUCGGUGCCAGGCGGUCCGCGUGGAGGGUGUUGUCCAGCAUCGGCCUGAAGACCGAGGGGAGCGAAAAGAAGCAGCAGAUGGUCAAAGAGUAUCGGGAGAAGGUGGAGAAGGAGUUGGAAGAGAUCUGCAACACUGUUUUGAAACUGUUGGAUAAUUUCUUAAUUGGAAACUCAAAAAACCCGGAGAGCAAAGUCUUCUAUUUAAAGAUGAAGGGGGACUACUACAGAUACCUUGCUGAAGUUGCCUCUGGAGACGAUAAAUCAAAGACGAUUGAAAACUCUCAGCAAGCGUACCAGUCAGCAUUUGACAUCAGCAAGACUGAGAUGGAUCCCACACAUCCCAUCCGCCUGGGCUUGGCACUGAACUUCUCCGUCUUCUACUACGAGAUCCUCAACUCUCCAGAUAAAGCCUGCGAGUUGGCCAAAAAGGCAUUUGACGACGCCAUCGCUGAGCUCGACCAGCUACACGAGGAGUCUUACAAAGACAGCACGCUCAUCAUGCAGCUCCUCAGAGACAACCUCACAUUAUGGACAUCAGACAACGCUCCUGAGGAGGGCGAAGGUGGGGAAGCAGAAAGCGGCGAGACUGAGAACUAAGAAUCUGCAUCCUGACAAUUGGGAUUAUCUCCAAAAACAACUCAAAAGGAAAAAAAAAAAAGAAAACUUUCUACAUAUUCAUUCCUUCAUGCUCCACUCAAACAUUCUACCAAUGAAUAUCAUUGCUGAAAAUGGUUGAAAAGGAAUGAUUGAAAAUAAAAAUUCUUUUCACAAUUCAGAUUGGGACAGCAGCUGGUGAAAAGAGGAACCCUCCAUUCCUUCAGUUUGUCUUGGCCUUCCCGUUUGUGUUGUUUCAGUUGUAGAAGAGUGUUACCUCGACAAAUAAAACCCAAGUCCAUUUUAGAGGCGGAGAAGCUGUGAAGUUUGGGUAUUUUUCUCAGUAUGAAAUGUUGGGCACAAUAAAUCGGUUCUCAGAAUUUUUUUUUUAGUGUCUGUUUCUGCAGAGUUGUGUGGUACUGUUACAGCAGCUGAGGUUUAGGUUCAAACAAACGUCAUUUUCAUACUGCAGGGAAACGCCAGUGCUCCCCAACACUGGCAGCAGGUUCUACAACACUGCAAAUUUGCACCCAUUGGCCAAGUCCUAACUUUUUGUCAUGGUUAUGAUGCCAAUUUUUCACUUGUUUUUUAUUUUAUUUUAUUUUAAUGGGAGGGGGGAACCGUAAACGGUCGGGUCACGUCUUGCCAAUCGCAGGGACCAUUUUAUUGGGAGGAAGAUGGGUUUUGUCAUGCACGUCUUGCUAUUACACUGGAAUGGGAAUAAUUGUCGUAACUCACAAAUCCAUGUGUCAUGGUUAGUAAUUUUCAGUGUUUCAGUGCAGGUUUUUACUCCCUCUACAAGAGGGUGAUUUGUUAGUCAGUCCAGUAAUUGUCACUAGAGAUUUGGACCACUAUUGUUUUGGAAUUUAUUCAGUUGUAGUCCCCCAAACGCCUCGUGGAACUGUUGAAUCCUGAUGUAUCAGCUACAUUAACAUGAAUAAAACAUUUUAUAAACCAAAUCCAAGUUUCCUGGCGUGAGUGAACUCAAAUCAUGAAUGUUCUAUGGUAUCUCGACUACCACAUAUAGAAGUUAAUUUAUGAAGCUGAAUAUUCCAGUUCAUCAACCAUUUUCUUAAGGAUAAGUUGACACAUACAUAGCUGUCAUUGUUGAAUACUGAAGCAUUUCAGGUGGAAAACAUAAACAGGAUGUAUUAAUGUUUUCCAAGUGGAAAACCCUAACCAAACUGUAAGUUUAAAAUAAAA